CCAGUGGGGUGUGUAGAGCAACUUGCAGCACCAUUUAAAUCAACGCUUUCAAGUGCUAUAGGAGCAGUAAACAGCAUUGGGAGGCAUCCGUGCUGAAUUUGGGACGUAAUUUCGGGACUGUCGCAAACAUGAUUGCCACCACACAACAGAACAUGACAACGGAGCUGCAGGAUUUGGGCAGCACGGGAGGACCUCCCCGAAACUGGAAGGGAAUCGGCAUCGCCCUGGUGGUCAUCCUGGCGGUGAUGUCCUUGGUCACCCUUUCCAUUUUUCUUCUGACCCCUGAUGAAUCUCAUCUCCUGCGUUUCUCUCAUCUAACCAUGGAGAACCUAGAAAAUGAAGAUUUUCAAGUUCAUGAUCCCUGUGUGACAUGGCUAAAUGAGAACGAGGUGUCGUUGUGCACACGUGAGGGUCACGUUUUGAUCCACAAUCUCAGCACCAACGUAACAACCACACUGCUAGACAACAGCACCCUGGAUCUGAAGUCCAUGAAGUUCCAGGUUUCUGCUGACAAGAGGUUCAUCCUAAUGGCCUAUAAUAUCCGCCAUGUUUUCUCACAGUCCUUCACUGCAUCUUUUGCAAUCUACACUGUGACCAGCGGGGAAAUUGUGGAACUUACACCACCAGAUGAGGAUACGUCUGUACUUCAGUAUGCAGCGUGGGGGCCUCAAGGGAACCAGCUGGUCUAUGUUUUUGAGAAUGACAUCUACUACAAGCCUGAUGUUUCCAGCAAGGCGAUGCGUUUGACAACCACAGGGAGAAGCGGACUGGUGGUUAACGGGCUGUCUGAUUGGACCUAUGAGGAGGAGGUACUUCUGAAAUAUCCUGCACUCUGGUGGGCCAAAGACGGUGCCCGACUGGCAUAUCUUUCUAUUAACAACUCGGCAACCCCUAUUAUGGAGAUACCUUACUUCCUGGGCGGGAUUUAUCCAUCUAAUGUCCUCUAUCCAUAUCCAAAGGCAGGAUCCAGAAUCCCAUCAGCCAGUCUGUUUGUGGUGAAUUUAUACGGUCCAGCACACACAUUAGAAAUGAUUGCACCUGACUCUCAGAACAACAGAGAGAGCUACAUCUCUAUGGUGAGUUGGAUCAGCAGCACCCGUCUGGCCAUGCGAUGGUUGAACCGGGUCCAGAAUCAUUCUGUACUGUGCGUGUGCGAGGCCACAACAGGAGCCUGUUCAGAGAGGCACCAAAUGACAUUGGACUUUUGGCACAACUAUCAGCGGCAGGACGAGCCAAUGUUCACGGCAGAUGGUUCCCUGUUUUACCUCAUCUUGCCUGCCAAGCAAGGUGCCCGUGGGGAGUUUCUUCACAUCGCCAGUCUCCCUGCUCAGGAUUCAACUCCUGUUUCUCCUCGCUUUCUAACAUCUGGAAACUGGGAUGUAAUCUCACUGUGCGCCCUUGAUGAGGAGAACGAUAAAAUAUAUUUCCUGAGUACGGAGGAGUCUCAGCAGAGCAGACACUUGUACAGCGUGGAGCUGGGAGGAGUUUUUCAUCGCCAGUGUCUGACGUGCAACCUGUUUGAACGAUGCAACUUCUUCAAAGCGGAUUUCAGCCCCAACCAGACAUAUUUUACCCUCUACUGCUUGGGUCCAGGUGUCCCAAGAGUGACUAUCCAUAGCACAAGUGACCCAUCCAGAUACAUAGUGGUGGAAGACAACAGCCUUCUUGCAAUAUCUCUCGAAACGAAAAGGUUUCCGGAGACAAUUUUCCGGACGUUUUCCUCCGACAACAAUGACUUAGAUCUGAAGAUGUCUUUGCCCCCUGGGUACGAGGGAAACCUGCACCCUCUGCUUAUUAUCAUUGAUGGUAUUCCUGGCAGGCAAUCCGUAACAGAUGACUUUGCCCUGGGCUGGCCAGAGGUUUUGUCAAGUCUGCACGAUGUGGCGCUUGCCUGGAUAGACAGUAGGAGCCGACUGUCACAGGGACAGAAAAGCAGCACUCUGGAUCCCCUUAAGAUGGGUUCACUACGCAUUAAAGACCAGCUUGCUGUUGUCGAGUGGUUAACACAGCUGCCAUACAUUGAUGGAAGAAGAAUAGCUGUGUAUGGAAAGGGAUUUGGUGGUUAUUUAAGUUUGAAGAUGUUGACAGCAACCGAACAGAUGUUUAAAUGUGCUGCUGUUGCGGCUCCUAUUACAAAUUUCAAGCUCUAUAGUGCCACUUUCUCAGAAAGAUACCUGGGUCUUCCUACAAAAGAGGAACAUUCCUACAUGACUGCGUCUUUGUUGGACGACAUCCACAAGCUAAAAGACGAAAGCUUUCUCCUUAUACACGGGACUGCAGAUGCUCGGGUCCAUUUCCAGCACAGCGCUGAAUUACUAAGCCGCCUGGUGAAAGUGGAGGCCAACUACACCCUUCAGCUGUACCCAGAUGAAGGUCACAUCUUGAGACAAGAGCAGAGCACCCAGCACCUACACCGCACCCUCCUUAACUACCUCCAGAACUGCCUCAAACACGACCCCUUCCUCGAAGCGGAAGAGGAAGAGGAUGAGGAAGAUGAAUAAUCUCUUCCACCGUGUCAACUCUCGUCCCUUAGACAAGAGGAGCCCUUGUUUGCUCAAGCACUAAGGUUGGAUUACCGAGAGAAGGAAAAAUUGGGCUCGGGAAGACCAAAUCCACCAGCUAUUUAUAGCCAACACAACUUUGAAUAAUCAGACCAAUGACCAUCGGUGUCUCUUAAGUGUCUUUCCUUGAAUGAAUUAGAAGACAAUGGGAACUGGUUCGAUUCAUACAGUCUACAAAUGAAGCACAUAUAAAGUCAUUCAAUCAACAUCUUUUAUCAGGUUAAAUGGGUAAAAUGAAUAAAAGAUGCUGUAUAGUCAUUGAUGUCAUAGUGCCACCUUGUGGUCAAAGAAAAUAUUUAAUAUACAGUAUGUGAUAUGCAGCAUGAAUAGGGUUGGGGAAUACAAACACGAAAAAACUCAACUUUAUGUAGUGGCCUAUACUGUGAAAGAUUUGAUUGAAUGUGACAUGUUAUUUGAUCCUGGCUCUUGAUAUGCAUGACAAACUGACUGCAUGGUGCUGUUUACUGUUUCAAAAUCUCUCUGCCAAACACAGUAGAGUCCUUUCGUACAAAUGCUGAACUUGUACACUAGAUGUCAGCAUGUAGUGUGCACAGACAGCAUGUUUAAAACACAGGGAGCGUCUUUAAAGCACUGCAGUAUGCACAGGCCGUCCUCCCUGUAGAGUGCAAAUUCAAUGCCACAAUCUCUGAAUCAUACUGCAUGCUGCUGUUUACAAAGCCUCAUCGGGUAUACAUCAAAUCUCUUCUGAGCCAUGCUGUAGAUAUUUUCACACAGAGUAACCACGUUUUAAUCGGCAAACAAUUGCCAUUGUCAUGCAUAUGCAGACUUCAUGUUUACAAGCAAAAUGUGCCAAAUAUUUUGUGACCAAACUUUUGAAUAUUAAGUUUCUGAAUUCUUUGAAAGUAUUUUUAUUUGUUUAAGAGUUUCAUUAAUUGCAAUUUGUUAUCCCUGACAAAAUACAUAUUGUGGAGGUAGCAUGGUGCAGGUGUUAUACCAGGGUAUUUUGAUAUAUAUACCAUUCUAUUUACAUGUAUUCCCAUACAUCAUAUAGACCAUAUUUAGUUUCACUCAGUUGAUUAAUAAUUAUUGUAACAUAUGCAGGUUCGAGAAGCUGGAGGUUUAUCAGCUCAGUGACAUCAAUAAAACAAAACAUAUGAUAAACUGAAGAUAAAACAUUUAUGAGGAAACAGAUUACACACAACAGUAAUAAAAACAAUAUUGGUAGAUUAAAGUACAUUGCUGAAACACAUAACACAAUGUUCUGCCCACCUUUUUCAUUUGCCAAUCAAAUGUUUAGUUUAUUUCUUUUUGUGACCUUCAUGUAUUGCAAAAAUGUAUGUAUGUAAAAAACCUUGUAAGUUGUGUGCAAACAUUGUGAUGCAAUGAAUCAAGUUACAUAUCCAAGAAUGAUCUAUUGUGCUGUUGGUCCAAGAAAAUCCAGAGCCAUUUUAAUGUCAUAGGCAGCAUGAAGUUUGAAUUGAAAUCCCUCAACCUCUGUAUCCUUUGAUUUUAAUGAACCUUUUCCAAUAAAUGCAGAUUUUUUGUA